UAAACUAACAGUGAGUAUAAGUACUGGUCCAGGAUGAUUGUCCUCCUCACAUUGUGUUGAGCUUCUCGCUUGCCAGAGGUCGGAUCAGCAGCAGACAUGGCCUUCAGCGGAACAUGGCAGGUUUACGUACAGGAGAACUACGAGGAGUUUCUGAGAGCCGUCUCUCUGCCAGAAGAUGUCAUUAAAAUGGCCAAGGAUGUUAAACCGGUAAUAGAAAUCCAACAAAGCGGCAACGACUUUACUAUCACAUCCAAAACUCCUGGGAAAACCCUCACAAACUCCUUCACCAUCGGCAAGGAAGCCGAAAUCACCACCAUGGACGGCAAGAAGCUCAAGUGCAUUGUCAAGCUGGAGGGAGGGAAGCUGGUCUGUAAAACUGAUCGAUUCUCUCAUGUCCAGGAGAUCAAGGGAGGAGAGAUGGUUGAGACUCUGACAGUACAAGGAACCACCAUGAUCAGGAAGAGCAAGAAGGUGUAAAGAGUUUGAUCAUCACUGGCUAUUUAAAUAAAGCUCUGGUUUAUCAUA